UUCUUCUAUUCUGCAUCCUCUGCCUGAUGACUUCUGCUGGCCACAAUCAGGCUGCAGGACCACCUGCAUCAUAUGGAUUUCCUGGACCACCUGGACCUCCUGGACCACCUGGACCUGCUGCAUUCUGUGGACGAGAUAUCUUUGGCCCUAUUAUGGAGGACCUUGAAACCUUAAAGAAGAGCCUUGCGAAGGUCAAGCUGACUAUAAACUACGACUUUGUCCGCAGCGUUGGUCAGAAAUACUUUGUGUCCAACAAGGAGAUUGGCUCGUUCUCCAGGGCCGUUGACUUCUGCUCCCAACGAGGCUUAGAGCUGGCUUUACCCCAGAACGAGGAGGAGAACAACAUACUGACUCAAGUGUUUGUGGAAAGUAACGAGAACGCCUGGAUCAACGUCAACAAUAAAGAAGUGGGGAAUUUUGAGGCUGAUAUGAAAAACCAACAUCUGGCCUUUACCAAAUGGGGAGAGGGGCAGCCAGACAAGUCCAUCCAGGAUACAGGCUGCACUAUGCUGUCAGAAAACGGUAUCUGGAAAGUGACACCUGAAUGCUCUCUGAAUGCUUACAUCAUUUGUCAGAUAUAGAAAGUUCUUGUAUACAAGAUGAGAAACAAUUGCUCCUACAAAUAACUUUCACAUGUUGAAUUUCCCCAAAUCGAUUAUCUCAGAUCCUUGUCACUACUACAGACAUGUAUAAUUGCAUCAUCAGCAUUGCAUUAUUAGUGCUGCAAAGAUGUAUUCCUAUAUAUAAAGGAGUUAAAGCAACAAUAUGAUAUAUGUAUAGAAACAAUGGUGAAUUCUGAAGGCAUUCAGUGUGUCACAAUAAAGUGU